ACGCGAUGGAAUUAAGUGAAUUUAGCGAACAAACUUGUAAUUUUUGUGGUCGAAAAGACAAGAAUAAUAUCGAUUCAGUAGAUGGAUAUUCGGAACAAUUGUCGAAGCUUCGUAAGGAGGAAAUUAUUGUAAAACAUUUCUGGUUUAAGCAAGAAGAUGUGAAAUGUUUUCUGAUCUGCACGGUAUGCUGGGAUAAGUUGUUGAUGUUUCAUAUAUUCUACUGUCAAGUUGAGGAACUAUACAAACCACAGGAGGCAAAAAUAAAACUGGAUCCUGGACAUUUAUCGCCUGACCCGGAAUACAGUAGCUACCUGGUGGAAUUUGAUAACACUCCUAUUAAGUCCGAGGGUGAUUGCAAAUCGUUGGAAAACGCAUCGGAAGUCGAAGAUGAAAUCAAAGACAACAACAUUGGCACUGAUUCAAACACAGUCAAUGAAGAAAGCGAGAAACAAAUUACGGUAAUAGUUUCCAAUAGCGACAUUCUUUUGCACUGUCAGAUGAAGUGCGAGGUAUGUUCGGAAGAAUUCGAAUCAUUUCGUUUGCUAAAACGACAUUACAGCAAAGUACACAAUCAAAACGGCCACGUAAAGUGCUGUGCUUUACGUUUUACCGAUCUAAAACGCCUCAAGGAGCACAUAAAAGUUCACAUUAAUCCAAAAUCCUUCCAGUGCAAUGAAUGUCAGAAGAAUUUUUCCUCUAAGCGAAGUCUUUUCCAGCAUCAACUGGUGAUGCAUAUACCAGAUGAACAGAAACUAUUUCAGUGUGAGCAGUGUUCAAAAAAAUUCGCAAAGCAAUACCAGCUGAACAAACAUCUCAUUAAACAUAAACAAGAAACCCAAAUUCACAAUGAGUUUACAUGCCAUCAAUGCCAGAAGCAACUUUGCAGUAAAGUAGCACUUCGAAACCACAUUCGGAACAUUCAUGAAGAUUCUGGCGAGAAACAUUUAUGCGACAUCUGUUCCAAAAUACUGAAAACUAAAGGCGCACUAAAUGUGCACCUAUCUGAACAUUUUACCACCGAAAGAUCUCAAUGUACAAUUUGUGGUAAACAUAUGAAAAAUGCGAAUACACUGAGAAAGCACCUGGCACUGCAUCGAGAGGAAACCAUCGAGUGUCACAUUUGCGGGAAAAAAUCACCCAAUUCGCACGCCUUGCGAAAGCACAUUAGAGAUCAGCACACCAACACGAGAUCGUAUCAAUGUACGAUGUGUGAGAAAGCAUUCAAGCGAGCGAUCGUAUUAAAGGAGCACAUGGCUACUCACACGGGCCAACUUCUGUAUUCAUGUGUUCACUGCGGAAAAGAAUUCAACUCGUCUGCUAAUUUGUGCUCCCAUAGAAAGAAAGUGCACCCGAAAGAGUGGAACGAGUACCAACAAGAGAAGAAAAUUAGUGGAGUAAAAACUUAUAGUAUUGUUAAUAAUUGA